CAUACUGCCCUGAAAUAGUAAGGUGGUAUAACAUGUUCAGCGACAUACAUGAAACAACAGCGUUUAGUGCAUCAAUGAAACUUCUAAGAUGAACUUGGAAUCGGAGUGUGUAAUGGCUAACAUAGGGCCAAAUAUUGGUGAAAGGAGAAAUGUUAUUAUUGCCAUGGAUGGUAGCGAUUAUGCGGAGGGAGCAUUCAAGUGGUAUAUGGAACAUGUACACAGAGCGGAUGAAGACCAUGCCAUUCUGCUUAAUGUGACAGAUCACAGACACAGUUUAACUCAUGGCUCUGCCUGGAUGACGGCUGAUCCCAAAUUGGUCGAGCAUGCCAUCCAUGAAGAGGAAAGAAAGGCCAGAGAAAUGGAGAAAAAGCUUGAAGGAUAUCUUAUUGAAACAGGAAUAGAGGGACAGGUUGUGAUGGUGAAGGGUGACCCGGGGCCUACUGUAACCAAAGUGGCAGAAGAAUAUAAUGCAGCCUACAUUGUGACUGGAACAAGAGGUCAUGGAAAAAUUAGAAGGACCAUAUUAGGAAGUGUUAGUGACUAUGUAGUGCAUCAUUCUCCGGUGCCAGUACUUAUUUACAGACAAUAGAAAUAUUCUACCUACGCAGAAAACCAUAAACGAACCCAGUUUCUUGGGCUGAAAGACGAACAACCUAGACGUUCACGCUAUAGCAAUCUUUUGGUGAUAUAUAUAAAAAGUAAGAAGUAUGUUAUCAUACUUCAUUGUUAUCUAAUGUUGAAUUCUUGACUGCUUAUAAAUGUAUGAAUAUACAUGUAUUUCGAACAAUUAAUCUAACCUUGUUAUUAUUUUGAUACGUAAUUUUGCCUUUACGCAAACAUAACGAUGUGUACAAAAAAGUUUUGUUUCCAAGAAAGCAAUUAAUCAGCUAAGUAUGAUGUAAAUGUGUUUGAUAAAUUUUUCUUGAUGUAUGAUAGACUAAUUUCAAUGUUAGACUCAUUUCAAUGUUUUAGAUUCGAUGUUUGUUUAUCAAUAUUUUAUCAAUGACGCGCAUUAUGUAUUAAUGCUUUAAAGUUUCACAUGUUUUUGACAUUAAAUGUCAUCAUAUAUAUUUCAAUCAAAG